GACGACGCCACCACGGCGCCCGUCCUUCUUUUCCUCUGUGCACCGCAAAUCUUGGGCUCAACCGGUGCACUGUCCCCUUUUCGAUGCUUGCCGCUCGUCCCUUGCAACAGAGCUUCCGCGAAACGAGCCAUAUCUCCUCUACAACCUCGUUCACUACUUGGUCGUGUCCCGCGCGUCGAGUCGUGACGUCCCCUGUGUGGGAUGCACAAUGGACCUCCGCCAGGCUGCAUCUCAGCCGACCAGCAGUGGUAAUCCUUCAGCUCUUCCGCGUCCUGCCGCAUCAAAACUGCCUUUGCCGAGAUCGAGCGUUCCCAAUCUGCGCCAGCAACCCUCCCUGUCAUCGAUCUCACGUCCCACGAAUGCGUCCGCUGCGAGGAGGCAAGCAUCUACGGCCUCGCUCGCUCAGAAAGCCCGACCACCUCUGUCUCACACACAACCGAAUGAUCGAGCACCGGCUCAUUUAAGAAAUGCGUCCGCUGCAUUGUCUGCCGGCCAGGACGCCUCGUUCAAGAAACCAUCCACAAGACCCUUAUCGAGAACCAAUGUUCAGGCAAAGCAGAGACAGGCAUCGGCGGCGAGUAGCAAGGGAAGCAUCCUCGAAGAUGACUUAGGAUCUCAUCGGAGCUUUCAAAGCGAUGCUACGUACUCUACCAAUGCCACGUCUCCGUCUACGACGCCAGUCACUCCAACGUUCCGUAAAGCAUCGCGUCCAUCUCUGUCAGAGAGGACAAUUGAAAGCCUGGCGUCGAUACCGCCUUCACCUGCAGGCUCUCGGAGGAAGUCCAGCUUCUUCACAUCAGACAGCCCUAUGAAGGCUCUUUCGCGACCGGCUUCAGCAAUAGACAAUCGUUCCAGGCCGAGCUCCAAAGAUAAGGACAUGCCCCCACCCCUGACCACUACUCCACGAGCACUUGCUACGAAGCCGAGCCUCCCAAAUCUAAGCUCUUCUGUUCGUGGUACGCCGAACAGGUUUCCACUUGGCAACACUGCAAAGACCAUUCGAGCACGAUCACCAACGAAGUCAAGCCUGUUGAAAACUGCAGGAGGUGAGACAGCCACGACAGCUGUUUCUGCAAAGCCAGUCGUGAAAACACCUGUCAGAGGUAGCAAGACUGUCGCUGGGCGGAUUCAGCAACAACGCGCCCCGGUCGCAGAUCUCUUUGGAGAAGGCGUGCAAAAGUCAGCUCCAGUUUCCAAGCCUACGUCAAGACCUGUCGUGAAGAAAUCAGCACCUCCGUCUGCCCCACCCAAGGAAGAAGCGACGCCUUCGCCGAAAGCGACACAGGCAGCUAAGUCGUCUGCCUCUCUCCGCGAGCAAAUUCGAGCGGCGAAGGCAGCUCGACUCUCCAGUAACAAGCAGGAAAUCCGGCAAGAUUCGAUUCCUGAUUUUGAUCCAAGCGCGUUCGCCGAUCCGUUCAACACCAAACCCAAAGAUGAGCGAUCUGCCAUCAGGAUCCGCAUCGAUACCGCACGCUCAGAUGGCAAACUAAACAUCUCGGCCAUGGGCUUGAAAGAAAUUCCCGAAGAGGUGCUGAAGAUGUACGACUACGACUUCAACAAGGACUCAGAUACUCAAUGGAAUGAGGUUGUAGAUCUGACACGCUUCAUUGCUGCGGACAAUGAGAUCGAGACUAUCCCUGACGCAGUGUUUCCGGACGUGGACGUGAAUGCAUACAACGAGAAUGACGAUACGGACACGCCAAAGUUUGGUGGCGUUGAGCUGUUGGAUCUGCACGGCAACAACUUAUUUGAUGUACCCAUCGGACUGAGAAGACUUGAUUGCCUGACCACGCUGAACUUGUCACGGAACCGUCUGAUGAACGACGCCCUGGAAACAAUUGCGCAGAUCUCCAGCCUCCGUGAACUCAAGAUCGCAGACAAUCUGCUCACUGGCGAGCUAACGUCUAUUGAAUCUCUUACAAAACUCGAAGUCCUUGACGUUCGAGGAAACAAAUUAUCCGUCCUUCCGGACGAGAUCCGUGAUCUCGUUAGGCUUCGCUACCUAAACGUGUCUAACAACCAGCUUACUAGCUUGCCGAUGACUGAGCUCAGCAAUCUGCCUUUGAUUGAACUGUACGCCUCAAAAAAUAAGCUUUCCGGUGCACUGUUCACGACACCUGGCGUCACCAUGAGCCGAAUUCAAACUCUUGACGUAUCUGUGAAUCAGCUCUCUGCUCUGUGCAGCGGCACUUCUGGCCCGGAGUUGCCAAAUCUGCGCAUACUGAACGUGGCCUUCAACGCUAUAACUGCGCUUCCAGCCAUCUCUUCUUGGACGGAACUGACCACCAUCUUGGCAGAGGACAAUAAGAUCAUGGAACUACCAGUCGGAUUCACCGAUGCUUCAAGCCUACGAAACGCAGAUUUCACGGGCAAUGACAUGGCUAAGCUCGACGAAAGGAUCGCACUCAUGGAUGGGCUGGAAAGCUUCAAAGUCGCAGCGAACCCGCUUCGAGAGAGGAAAUUCUUAACAAUGAGCACAACGGAGAUCAAGAAAGCUUUGGCCGAAAGGCUGGGGCCCGCCAGCUUUUUGGAGUGACUUUUAUUUUCUCAUAGACGAACGUUGCAUGUACGAUUUCAUAUGCUGGUUGCAACUUUAAGACGUAGUUCUAAACAGAGGGGGGUAUCUUAGGAGCAGUAAUCGUAAUAACGAAAGUAGUCUUGGAAGCUCAAUCGUCAAGCCCAUGGUAUAUCUAUUAUUGGUAGUGACACAUACCCAUGUUCACGCGCAAGUUUCUCC